GUCGGGUGAUCGCUGGCUUGCGUCCGUUCGUUGCGGACGAGAUGGCGAUUGUGGGGCCUAUCACUCAGUACAGCAAUCUACACGUGGCAUGUGGACAGGGCACUACAGGGUUUAAAACGGCCAUGGGCGUAGCAGUGCUCACAGCCAAGCACCUGACAGGGGAUGGUCUGAGUAAGUGCUCGUAUGAUACCGAACUGCUAUCUCCGAAGGGGCGAGUGACAUACGCCCCACUGUAUAUGGCACUGUGCAGUGUUGUCGAUGGGUUCAUGGGCCGUACGUGA